AUGAUCGGAUGUGGAGGUUGUCCAACCAGAUCAGAACGCCUUCGGGGACAACCUUCAGGGACAACCUUCGAGGACAACCUUCAGGGACAACCUUCAGGGACAACCUUCAGGGACAGCCUUCAGGGACAGCCUUCAGGGACAACCUUCAGGGACAACCUUCAGCAACCUUCAGGGACAACCUUCAGGGACAACCUUCGAGGACAACCUUCAGGGACAACCUUCAGGGACAACCUUCAGGGACAACCUUCAGGGACAGCCUUCAGGGACAGCCUUCAGGGACAACCUUCAGGGACAACCUUCAGGGACAACUUUCAGGCACAGGAUGAGGAGGAUGUGGAGGUUGUCCAACCAGAUCAGAACGCCUUCGAGGACAACCUUCAGGGACAGGAUGAGGAGGAUGUGGAGGUCGAACCAGAUCAGAACGCCUUCGAGGACAACCUUCAGGGACAGGAUGAGGAGGAUGUGGAGGUUGUCCAACCAGAUCAGAACGCCUUCGAGGACAACCUUCGAGGACAACCUUCGAGGACAACCUUCAGGGACAACCUUCAGGGACAACCUUCAGGGACAACCUUCAGGGACAGGAUGAGGAGGAUGUGGAGGUUGUCCAACCAGAUCAGAACGCCUUCGAGGACAACCUUCAGGCACAGGAUGAGGAGGAUGUGGAGGUUGUCCAACCAGAUCAGAACGCCUUCGAGGACAACCUUCAGGCACAGGAUGAGGAGGAUGUGGAGGUUGUCCGCUGUUAAUUUAUUUAUUUUUCUGUCUCUCCAAGAAAUAUGUGAGAGAUCUAUUUGUAAUAAUAUGACACAUACAUUGCAUAUAUUGCUAUUAUCAAUCAAGGUGAGAUUGAACAAGGACAAGGUGCUGGAGAAACAGAAGGAGAGCUACCAGAGGAGAAUCAAGAAAUUACAGACAGGACCUAGUGGUUCUGCCCAACACCCAGACGUGGAUCCACCUGAUGUCCUCCAUUACCUGUUCUCCAGGACCUAGGGGUUCUGCCCAACACCCAGACGUGGAUCCACCUGAUGUCCUCCAUUACCUGUUCUCCAGGACCUAGGGGUUCUGCCCAACACCCAGACGUGGAUCCACCUGAUGUCCUCCAUUACCUGUUCCCCGGGACCUAGGGGUUCUGCCCAAAACCCAGACGUGGAUCCACCUGAUGUCCUCCAUUACCUGUUCUCCAGGACCUAGGGGUUCUGCCCAACACCCAGACGUGGAUCCACCUGAUGUCCUCCAUUACCUGUUCUCCAGGACCUAGGGGUUCUGCCCAACACCCAGACGUGGAUCCACCUGAUGUCCUCCAUUACCUGUUCUCCAGGACCUAUGAGAUCUGUCCAACACCCAGACGUGGAUCCACCUGAUGUCCUCCAUUACCUGUUCAAAAUCAAAUCAAAUCAAAUCAAAUUUUAUUUGUCACAUACACAUGGUUAGCAGAUGUUAAUGCGAGUGUAGCGAAAUGCUUGUGCUUCUAGUUCCGACAAUGCAGUGAUAACCAACAAGUAAUCUAACUAACAAUUCUAAAACUACUGUCUUAUACACAGUGUAAGGGGAUAAAUAAUAUGUACAUAAGGAUAUAUGAAUGAGUGAUGGUACAGAGCAGCAUACAGUAGAUGGUAUCGAGUACAGUAUAUACAUAUGAGAUGAGUAUGUAGACAAAGUAAACAAAGUGGCAUAGUUAAAGUGGCUAGUGAUACAUGUAUUACAUAAGGAUGCAGUCGAUGAUGUAGAGUACAGUAUAUACGUAUAUGCAUAUGAGAUGAAUAAUGUAGGGUAAGUAACAUUAUAUAAGGUAGCAUUGUUUAAAGUGGCUAGUGAUAUAUUUACAUCAUUUCCCAUCAAUUCCCAUUAUUAAAGUGGCUGGAGUUGGGUCAGUGUCAAUGACAGUGUGUUGGCAGCAGCCACUCAAUGUUAGUGGUGGCUGUUUAACAGUCUGAUGGCCGUGGAUCCACCUGAUGUCCUCCAUUACCUGUUCUCCAGGACCUAGGGGUUCUGUCCAACACCCAGACGUGGAUCCACCUGAUGUCCUCCAUUACCGGUUCUCCGGGACCUAGGGGUUCUGUCCAACACCCAGACGUGGAUCCACCUGAUGUCCUCCAUUACCUGUUUUCCAGGACCUAGGGGUUCUGUCCAACACCCAGACGUGGAUCCACCUGAUGUCCUCCAUUACCUGUUCUCCAGGACCUAGGGGUUCUGUCCAACACCCAGACGUGGAUCCACCUGAUGUCCUCCAUUACCGGUUCUCCGGGACCUAGGGGUUCUGUCCAACACCCAGACGUGGAUCCACCUGAUGUCCUCCAUUACCUGUUCUCCAGGACCUAGGGGUUCUGUCCAACACCCAGAUGUGGAUCCACCUGAUGUCCUCCAUUAACUGUUCUCCAGGACCUAGGGGUUCUGCCCAACACACAGACGUGGAUCCACCUGAUGUCCUCCAUUACCAACCACCCUUCAACGUUUCAUUAAAUCAUCUACAGCUAC